AUGAAUUAUUUAAUUUACAUUCUUUACUUUACGAUUUUAACUUCUGCAAACAAUAUUAUGACAUCAUUUGAGAUGUUUAAUGACACAUCUGAUAACAUGCAACAUCAAAAUUUCGUACUGAACAAUGAACAGGCAAAUGUUACUCAAUACAAUAUGGCUACAGCAAACUACUCAAAUGGUGGUAGUUUGACAAUGCUUGUUGAGUGUGAUGAUAACGAUGUUGACAAGGUUGGUAAAUACAAUGAAGUGCUAGAUAGCACUAAAACAUACUUACAACAAAGUUCAAAUGGUUCUCCAAAAGAACUAACUUCUGAUAGUGUGUUAAUAAUAGACGAAAAGUCAACUACAGUAGAUCACAUAAAAGUUGUUAUUAAAUAUGGAGCAACUCUUGUUGGAGGAGCAAUAACUGACCUAGCUUCAGGCAUUCUAGCAGCUAUAGUAAGCUCAGAAUAUGGUAAAUGGCGUGGAGGUGAUGAUAGUGGUAGGAAGUGUGUAGGUCGAGGCGGUAUUUUACCUUUUGGAAAACUCUGGGGCUCGGCGGCCGGCUAUUAUUAUGCGGAAACGUGUGCUUCGUCAGGGCAGAAAUGUAGUACUGAAGCUAGUCAACAAGCUCUUGAAGAUGCAGCUAAUUGGGCUGAUAAUGAGUUAGAUAAUGACCCUAAUGCCGACAGUUGGAAAGUUGGGUUCUCAAAUCAAGGAGCUUGGAAAUUCUGUGUUAGGGUAGUACCGAAAGCAGCAUGUAAUUCAUACAAUGACUGUUACGAUAAGGCACAUAAUAUGGGGUGUCCAGCAGACUUCUGCAGUGGUGAUGCAUUUAAGAAUCAUGACCAUGGUGAACUCUAG